CACUGCGUGCUAUACUUGGGCUUGAAAUCCAGUCGUUUAUAGUCAGUCCUCCAGAAUAACCGAUAUGAUCCGGCAUGCAUCCAGCGCAGUGCAUCGUUGCCCACGAUGCCGUGCUGAUUCGGCCCAGAUACGAUGCUUGGAGGGAUGGCCUUAUUUGGAGCAGGAUUCUAAAGCUACAUUGUCUUGAAUCGUCUAACGGUCUACGUGACAAUUAACAGAAAAGAGAUUGAUGCUACGUGUUUGCAUGUGACAAGCACUGACUGAAUGAAACUGGCUAUACGUAGCACUUGUUUGUUCAACAGCAUGGACAUGCAGACGAUGGGUGUUCUCCGCAAAGGCUUUGCCAGCCGGAAGCUGUACUCGUUAAUUGUAGUUGUGGUUGUUGCUUUUUACCUUCUUGUGUGGCAUAACGGAGGUUGGAUAGUGAAAAGAACAAGGUUAGCCCAGUCAGUUACAGAUGGUGCUGACGGACUUGAUUUUACCGUAUGCAGUCCAGCAUUGGACAGUAUCAGUCCAACCAGCAGAAGGGAAGAGGCUGACCUCCAGAUGAAACUCCACCAGUGCGCCCACUACAUCAGCAAGCUUCUUACGGAAAGCAAGGAGAUUAGGAGUGCCGUACAAGAAGUUGACUCAUUCUCUAAAUUGCAGCCCUGGAUCCAAGGAAAUAACUGCCAAAACGAAGCGAGGCAAGAGUUCGAAAAUGAUGCCCAUGGUGGCCAUCCUACCAACGAAUGUCGGCUGAGCAACUGUUUUGAUUACUCGCGAUGUCCUUUAAAUUCAGACUUUUCGGCAUACCUUUAUCAAGGUCGUGGAGAGUUGCCAAAUGGUAUUGAAAAGGUCAUGACAAUCAAUCCGUACCAUACUUCCGAUCAAAAUACUGCCUGCGUAUUUUUAGUUCUGGUCGAAGGAUCCAGUGGAAACGGAUUGAGCCCUACAAAAUCUGUAGGGGCGAGUUUCUCAAAGCUGCCAUCUUGGAAAGGGACAGGACAAAAUCACGUCCUCUUAAACUUAGCAAGGAACGUGUCUUCCCACAAUGUUCUCCAAACUGUCAGCAGUAGCCAUGCAAUCGUUGCCCAGUCCAAUUUUCGAGCGUCACAGUUUCGGCCGGGCUUUGAUAUUGUCACCCCGAUGCUUCUGGGGACAGAUACCGCAUUUGACUGGCAUGGAACACCUCGGCUGACACCAGCCAAGAGAAAAUACCUACUGUCAUUCCAGGGUGUUCAGUUACCACACAGGAUUUCUCCUUCUGUAGACAGCAUCCAUGAUGCUAUCCAGAGUUUGAAGACAGUGUACAGAAAUCAAGUUUAUAUUGAUCUCAGUUGCCCACAAAUCAUUGCUGACCGUGACUUUGUGUAUCCUUCGGAAUGGUGGAUGUGUGACAAUAAUGAGAAGAGAGCUGAAAUUCUGAGACAGUCAACGUUUGCGUUGAUUAUAGCCCCCGCUGACAGGAUCUUGUCCUCGACAAUGCUGCAGGCGAGACUACACGAAGCCUUGAGGCAAAAUGCUGUGCCCGUCGUCUUAGGGGAACAGGUUCGACUCCCGUUUGCCGACUUCAUCGCAUGGGAGAAGGCAGUGAUAAUCUUGCCCAAGGCUCGAGCGAAGGAAAUGAUCCAUUAUCUCUCGUCUAUCCACGAGAGCGACAUACUGGCCUUGCGCCGCCAGGGGUGGUUCCUAUGGACGACGUACCUGAGCUCCACUGAAGCAGUCAUGAACGGUAUCCUUGCGACACUCCGCACCAGAUUGUCGCUUCCUCCAAGACCUAUACCGGCAACGCCAAGCCAAGGUUUAACUCGAAUAGAUGUUGGGCCAACCCAGAAACGCUCUUCAUCAUCUACAAAAUACCUACGGAACUCUUCGUACCUGAGCUGGGCGCGGGAGCCUUCCUGGAACUCAUUCCCUGGGCCUUACCAUCUUUAUCCCAGCACGCCCAUAGAACCUGUUCUUCCUUCCGAUGUCUACUUCGAGAAGUCAGGGCAAACCUUUGAGCCAAUCAGUAAAGGAACCAGGAAAACCGGGGAGAUGUUUCGAAAGUCGCUUGGGGGCAAUUCGCCGAUUGAGCAGUUCACCGUCAUCAUUAUGACUUACGACAGAGAACCUCAGCUGAUCACACUCCUUGGGCGCCUUCAAGGGCUGCCCUACAUGAACAAGGUUUUGAUAGUGUGGAAUCAUCCAAAGCCGCCGUCUUUAUAUGCGAAGUGGCCGAAACAACGGGUACCUAUGCAGAUUAUCCUACAGGCGAAGAAUAGCAUGAACAAUCGGUUUCUUCCGUUUGACGAGAUCGAAACUGACGCCAUUCUUUGCCUAGACGACGAUAUCCACAGGCUGACGCAUAAUGAGAUCCAUUUAGCUUUCAGAGUAUGGCGCGAGAACCGGGACCAGAUUGUGGGUUUUCCCGGCCGUAACCACGCAAUGGAUGUGAACAACAAGAACUUCAGAUAUGACGCAGAAAAGUCGUGUGAGGUGUCAAUGGUGCUUACCGGAGCAGCCUUUUUGCACAAGUACUACAGCUAUGUUUACUCUUACGUAAUGCCACAAGCCAUCAGAGACCAUGUAGACAAAAUCAUGAAUUGUGAAGACAUCGCUAUGAAUUUCAUGGUUUCCUUUGUGUCAAGAAAAGCUCCCAUUAAGGUUGGUGGCCACUCAGAUUUUCCAUGUGUAAAUUGCAAGAGUUCGAUUUCUGCUCACAAGUCUCACUACAUCAAGCGCACUCAGUGUGUCCGGUACUUCGGCGACAUCCUCGGAUACACACCACUACUCUAUACGCAGUACCAAGCUAACUCUAUCAUGUACGGACAAGGAGACAAAGAACCUACCUGCUACAAGGAAGUGUAAACCCCUCGGCUAAUCGAUAAGUGUUUUUUAUUGCAAUGUACAUAUAUAACUAGAUGGGUGACCAGUGUCUUAGAAUACGUGUAGCUAACAUUGUUCUCAUCCCGCAGUGGGAACAAAAGAUGGCAUGUUGGUGCUUUAACCAAGAUGCCGUCUCUCGUUUAAAAAAGGGUGUCAUCUGUUAAAAACAGAGACAUGCUUUACUGCGAGCAGCUCCCUUACAAAAACGUUGUGCGAUCUCAGUUCCAAGCGUGUCAAAAAUGCAAUCUUGUCUAAAAUAACAUUUUAAAAGUUUGAAGGGGAAACAAAGUACAAAUACCAGGACCAAAAAUUGAAAUGGAUUAAAAGAUAAAAAUUCAAACAACAAAAUUGGCGAAUUCCACUGAAAGUAUAAGGCAGUACUUAAAACCUGCAACAUAAGAAAGUUGCAAAUAAACCCAUGAACGUUCCCAGCUUUAUACGGAGGCUGUUCAAAUACAUCAUAGACUAUAAGACCAUGCAGGGAAGCAUGGGCACCAUAAAGUGUGAGAAUCCUUUGGGUUUGUCUGCAUUAGUUGCAGAAAGCAAACAAAAAGGACAAUAAUGCAUGACUAGCUAUAAAUCAAAAUAUAUGACGUCAGUCACGUCGGAUGGAAAAGAGUAACAGAUUUUUCAAAUAUGGAAAAAACAAGUAUGCAGCAAAAAAACGGACUGUAGCACAUUGUCAAAGUUACUACCAUGUUUCAUUUAAAUGUGACUUGAUGGGCAGGUACUUAAGGAAUUAUUCUGAAGAAAGCUGAUGCUUUAUUUCUCUAUUGGUUCAUGUGUAAAACGCAUGGCUUCUUUAGCAUCCGACAACAUGAUAUAGUUGGUUUAUUCAUGUCAAAAUAUCAAACAAGGCAAACAAAUAAAAAUGAUUGUUUUGCUCUAAAAAAAUUGAGGUUUUUAAAAUACACAAAAAUUACAACAAUUUGGAAUUAAACAACAUCAUGUUGAUUGCAUAGAUACCCCAAAAUAUAUUAUUUCAAAUAAAUUCACAAAAAUAAUAUCAGUCAAUAUCUAUACAACCAUCAAAAACAUGAAAAAAAUGAUUAUAAUAAAAACAGUGUUCCUAUUACAAUACUUUGGCCAAACACGGUAUAGGCGAGCGCUUAUAAUACUCAGUGUUGCGCGUUGGAACAAGAAGACAAAUGUAAUUUCUACUUCUGAGUCGAGGACCAUUUUCGCUUUGCUGUGGGAGCAUAUCCAGGAAUCUGUCAGCAGUAAGUAAUUUCAAAUUCAAUAAACAAUUGAGACCAUCUAAUGGCUAAUUACUGUAAUUUCAAUUGUUUUAAGGCCUCGUAAUAAUUAUUGUAUUGAGAGCCAAAGAGGUAUAAAAGACCGUUGUUUACGUAUCUUCACUCCCUUUGUGCACCACUUAGUUAAGAGUUAGUGCAUGCAUACUCGACUACUUUACUCGUGGAUUUUGAGGCAGACGACGUGGGACACUGUUCCAGCACUUCUUUUUGCGGAUGGAGACCAUUACUUAUUUUUAAUAAAAUACAAACAAACGGAGAUAACCUGUUGACUAAAAUUGAUCAGACAAUAUUUUACCACCGUAUUAUAUGAACCCAGUUUCACAAAAUUGAAACAGAUUCUGAAAACGUGAUGUAAAAAAGUAAUACGAUCCAGAUUUGAAAGAAAAUACUCCCGCGGUCUCUCACAUUUUUAAACCACUUCUCCAGUUUAAACAUGGACAAUCCAAUGAAAGAACCGUAGACUAACUUUGACUGUCUGUUGCAGCUUACAUAACUGCUUUUAUUCAACCUCUAAAUGUGUCAAUGAGCGAUCAACUAGAAAUAGGGAUGUUUCCCCGUCAACAGAAAAGGCUACAUCUUGCCCAAAAUACAUGCAUCUCUUACAUGAACAUCAAACAGGCACUCAGCUUGCUUGCUAAAGGUGCUACUAACAAACAUUGGACACGCUUACCCGAGGGGAUGAAAGUAUCACAAUAUGUACCAACACCUCCAGCACGCUUGCUACAGGAGUAAAGCUCACCAAACAUCUGUACAAAAUAAGACACCCAGCACGUUUGAUACAGGUGUCAACAUGAAACAACAUGGAUGCCGAUAUAAAAACUCGAAACCCCAAAGAUACGCCUGUCAAUAAGUAGGCCUAUUAUACCCGUUCAACUUGAAGCAGAAAUGAAAAAUGCCAACUAAAUAUUCCAUAAUUAGUUCCCAAGAAACCAAAACUGUUAACUACCAUACAUGUAUAUAGAUACAUGUAUGCAUGUAUCACCGAAAGUACACAUAUUUUGGUCCCCGCUGGUACUUGCGUAUGGAUAUAUAAGAUCCACUAGAAAAUGUGGAUGCCACCUGUGCUCACAGAAUGGUGUAAUCUAUAUUAGAAAUUGCACAGUGUCUCCACCGCCGGUACUUGCGGUUGGAUAAGUCCCACUGGAACAGAUGGGUGCCAGCUACGCUUAAAACAACGGUUACGGUAACAAUAUACAAGGACUUACAAAUUGUCCUAAUAAGGAAACUUAUAGAGGUGGUAAGUCCUAAAUUGGUGCACUCCCCACAACGCCAGACCUUGGGCGAUUGUUACAGGCAAAAGCAGCAUAUCCAACGAUCCCGCACCGUCUACAUUUAUGCGCAAACUUACACCCCUGCCAGUGGCACCCUUUGUCUGAGUUGAAGUUGAAACAAACUUGCCCAGACCGCAACAUAGACUGCCUGGAAGGUACGCCAGCUCUGACGCCGCCUUUGGUCGAAGCAGGUUUGGCAAACGUGUUGCUAGCCCGGGAUAAACUAAAUGCAGCUGCUACUGUGGCCUACAGCUCAACAUCCAGCUCUGCCCACGAACGAAGGCGGUAACAUUCCUGGCGCAAAUGGAACUUGUCAUCGAAGAAACGCCAACCCUACUGCCUGGAAAUUGCAAAGCAACUUUCUUUGGCGGUUCGACAUACUUCAAAAGCUGUGCGACACGCCCUGGAUGACAUGUUACAAAACUGCCAUAAAACAUGGAAAGCGCUAGUCCAUUUGUCAAUGGAAUCAAUUUUCUACCUCUGGGUAGCCGCAAGCUGCAGAACCACUUGGCCCCCUUCCAGUGUCAUGGAGGGGCUAGCAUUUGCAUUCGAUAAGGCCGAGACAGCAUUAUAACUAUAGAGGGUCGCCAAAUCAAUAUAUUCACUUUUCCAAAUUUUCUCUUUUGUCGCCUGUGAAACAUAAAGGUCUAAACCCCCGGAGGAAAAACCAUCUGGUGCCGAAAAGAUUGGACGAGGCCUACUAUACAGCAAGCUGGCUUUACCCCCCACGACGUUUCGACUCUGGCCCAUUCCCCCGUUUGAACUGGUAUCGGUCGGCAGCCUCGGCACAGUAAGGGGAGCGUCGGCACUGUACACUGAUUGAACGGGUGGUAAUGCCGGCAAAGAAUGGUGACCAAGCGCUGCGUUGCCUCCCAGCAUAUUCACGCUAAGCCCAUGCCUAUAAACAAGCUAUAAAUAAUAAAUUUUCACCAGCCCCCGCAUUAAAACCAACCCCAGAUGCAAACCUAGCCCCAUUAGGCCCAUAGCAAAGUUCAACAGAGGACCCAGAAAUGACACUGCUGCUAACAUUAAACUAGUACUAGGCCCAACGCGGAGGGUAGUGUCCACAGUCCCAACACGGUGGCGCAUUGCCAAACUCACACACCCUUACAUAUGUAUACUUGUGGGGUAUUUCCUUUGUUAUCGUGUAUAACACUCCCACACAACACGAAAAAAAUUCAAGUCACUGCCAUUUCAACCAAAUUUAGUUUCCUGGGUUGAAAUUUUGACCGUAUGUCCCUUAUAUAGGCCUAAACACUUUAUUUUGCGACAGAUGAAUGGCACUUGAAAAUUCCUCCUUUUUGAGUAAGUUUGAAGUAUUUAUUUCGUGAAA